AUGGAGAAAAUCAAGGAGAAACUUAGCGCGUUGCGUGCUGAAGCUGACAAUGCUGUCACCCGAGCUGAGGAUGCGGAAGCCAAGAACAAGAAAUACGAACAACAGAUCUUGGAGAAAGAUCAAGAGAUAACAUCCCUCCAACACAAAGUCUCUGUUCUGGAAUCUGACCUUGACAAAUCUGAGGCUAAACUAGCUGAAGCCAAGACAGCACAAGAGGAGGGUGAACACUCCAAGACGACAAACGAUGGUUUGACAAGGAAGAUCCAGCUUCUGGAGGAGGAGUUGGAUGCUGCGGAGAAGAACGUAAAGGAAACAAUGGAGAAACUACGACAGGUUGAUGUCAAGGCUGAGCAUUUCGAACGUCAAGUUCAGCGCAUCGAGCAGGAGCGUGACGAGUGGGAGAAGAAGUACGAGGAAAUGCAAGGGAAAUACAAGGAGUCGAAGGCAGAGCUGGACGACCUGGUUCAGAAUAUGGAGGGACUGUGA